UGAUGGGGACUCUAAGCUGGAUAGUGCUUUCGGCUUGCCUGCACUUAGCGGCCUUUUCUGAUCCUGGCUGCGUAAUCGACCUAUCCUGCCGGGAAUGUAUCCCAGACAACAUGCCUCACGUAUCCUCACACCGCGCCGUUACCGGCGCCGUACGCCUGUCGUCCGGCGAGCAAGUCAGCCUCGUCUGCCGCGGCAGCAAGUUCCUGACCUGGCCGCUGCAGCAUACGGUGCUGGCUGUGUGUGAGGGAGGCAGAUACAGAGUGCAGAUUGAUAAUACGUUGCGGCAUUUGUUGGAGUUGGGCUGCCAGGAGAAUAUCUUUGAGGACGUGCUUCAUCAUGUGGAUCACUGCGCGCCGCCGUAUCAGGGCCGCGCCUACCAAUCUCCAGGCGCUCGCGGCGCGCGCCAUCUAGCAGCGCUGUGCUACGACUCCGACCGAGCCAUACCACUAGCGGCGCGUGCCGCCGCCACCGGCCCUGCGCUACCACCUCAUAGGGAACAGGACGCGCCGCGCAGUCUCCUAGGCAACUUCAACCAGAUGUUCGACACCCGCACCCGCACCGACACCGACCAACUCUACUCCGACGAGAAACGCCUCAACAAGCGCGUCAGAGAAAUCCUCAGACAUGACCCCAUAUCGCUCUCUGAUCAGGAACUUACCUCGGCUACCCUACUAUCCCCACAUUACUUCGAUGAUCAAGAUACGCGCGUAGCGGACUUCCCUUCGAAUCGUAUAGCAGCCUGGCGAGGUAUCGCGCAUGGAAACUUAAGGCAUUUACAUAAGGAUGUUUCUGAAGUUCUACGUCACGCUAGAGCCAAUAGUUCUCAGCUUGACGUUUGGACAGGAACGCACGAUAUCAUGUCGUUCCGUGCCGAUUCUAAACGAGUCGAAUUAUUUUUGAAGCCUGGACGCUUUCCUGUUCCUAAGUAUUUGUGGACAUUAGUCCAUGAUCCUAGUCAGAACAAGGCUAUAGCUGUUGUAGUUUUGAACGAUCCUUUUGUAGCUGUGAGCGAGAUUCGUUCUUCAGUGUUUUGUGAAAGUAUGUGCGCGCGAGCGUCCUGGUUAAAAUCGCUUCUACGUAACCGGAAUUAUGAGAGUCCCGUGUAUGGAUUGGUAUUCUGUUGUAAUGUACACGACUUUAGUAAUGUGGUCACUGAGAUGCCCAAGGCGGUAGUAGCGAACGUUCCUAAAGGAAUUGAUGGCUUGUUGACAGAUUAUCCUAAUGUUUAAGUAAUAUACAAAUAUAGGUAAUAAACUGCAUUUCAAUAUAUACUCUCUGACCGAAAAAUAAUUAUGACCAGACUUCAGAAAGGCCUUAUUAUAGUAGGUAGUUAAAUAACCAAAAUCUUUACGUUUGUAUAUAUUUGGAUAAAUAGGUAGGUUUGAUUGGCAAUUUGUC